GCGCGGAUCGAUGGGCGAAGCUGGGGAGGAAUUUCAAUCCCCGGAGCGAAGUUAGAGCUGGGAGGACGGCGGCGGCAGGCGCAGCCCCGGAACGGCGGCGGGCGGCAGUGGGAGCUGCCUUGGUGACCAUUUGUCCUGCGCUUCAUCUGGACCCGUACUCUUCCUCUGUGUCCUGAAGUGAGGAGAAGAUGUCCAUGACCCCCCUCGAGGAAGAAUCCACUAGCCUGUACCCCUCAGCCAUGCCGGGUCAUCAGCGGGCCCUAACCCAAAGCAAGACCAGCUGAGCUGGAGGCGCAGGGUGGAGCUGUCCGGACACCCAGGUCAAUGGGGAAGGAGGCCACAGCCAUGGCGGGAUGCGGGUGGACGACGAGAGGUGGCUGGCAGUGAGGGAGGCACAUCCCUCCCAGCACUUGUGCCGUGCGACCAUGCAGUCUGGGACAGGACGCCCCUGAGAGUACAGGCACCCUCCCCUCCCGCCCCUCUGUCCCUUCGGGGGCUACAGCCCAGCCCCCCACCCAGUCCCCCCGGGCAGGCUGAGCGGGGUCUCCCGCGAGGGCGUUCCCGAUGGCCGGGUGCCGGUGGGGCACGCUGUGGAUGUGCGUGGCGGCCGCCACCCUGCUGCAUGCCGGGGGGCUGGCCCGCGGCGACUGCUGGCUGAUCGAGGGCGACAAGGGCUUCGUGUGGCUGGCCAUCUGCAGCCAGAACCAGCCGCCGUACGAGGCCAUCCCGCAGCAGAUCAACAACACCAUCGUGGACCUGCGGCUCAACGAGAACCGCAUCCGCAGCGUGCAGUACGCCUCGCUGAGCCGCUUUGGCAACCUCACAUACCUCAACCUCACCAAGAACGAGAUCGGCUACAUCGAGGACGGUGCCUUCUCGGGCCAGUUCAACCUGCAGGUGCUGCAGCUCGGCUACAACAGGCUGCGCAACCUGACGGAGGGCGUGCUGCGCGGCCUGAGCAAGCUGGAGUACCUGUACCUGCAGGCCAACCUCAUCGAGGUGGUCACGCCCAGCGCCUUCUGGGAGUGCCCCAACAUCGUCAAUAUCGACCUGUCCAUGAACCGCAUCCAGCGGCUGCACAGCUCCACCUUCGCCGGCCUGGCCAAGCUCUCCGUGUGCGAGCUCUACAGCAACCCCUUCUACUGCUCCUGCGAGCUCCUGGGCUUCCUGCGCUGGCUGGCGGCCUUCACCAACGCCACGCAGACCUACGACCGCAUGCAGUGCGAGUCACCGCCACUCUACUCUGGCUACUUCCUCCUGGGCCAGGGCCGCCACGGCCAGCGCAGCAUCCUCAGCAAGCUGCAGUCCGUGUGCACCGACGGCUCCUACGCGGCUGAGCCCCACCCAGUGCCAGGACGUUUGCCGCCCGGCCGCUCGCCGCCCGGCCGCUCGCCGCCGCCGCCACUGCCCCCAGAGCCCAGCGAGGCCCCCUGCGCCGACGACGAGUGCUUCUCUGGCGACGGCACCACGCCGCUGGUGGCCCUGCCCACGCUGGCCACCCAGGCCGAGGCCCGGCCGCUCAUUAAGGUCAAGCAUCUGACGCAGAACUCGGCCACCAUCACGGUCCAGCUACCUAGCCCAUUCAACCGCAUGUACACACUGGAGCAUUUCAACAACAGUAAGUCGUCCACCGUCUCCAGGCUGACCAAGGCCCAGGAGGAGAUCCGCCUGACCAACCUCUACACGCUCACCAACUACACCUACUGCGUGGUCUCCACUAGCUCGGGGCUGCACCACAACCACACCUGCCUCACCAUCUGCCUGCCCAAGCCACCCAGCCCACCGGGCCCCGUGCCCAGCCCCUCCACGGCCACCCACUACAUCAUGACCAUCCUCGGCUGUCUCUUCGGCAUGGUGCUGGUGCUCGGCGCCGUCUACUACUGCCUGCGCAAGCGGAGGCGCCAGGAGGAGAAGCACAAGAAGGCGGCCUCGGCCGCCGCAGCCAGCAGCCUCAAGAAGACCAUCAUCGAACUCAAGUAUGGGCCCGAGAUGGAAGCGCCUGGCCUGGCCCCGCUGUCCCAGGGCCCGCUGCUGGGCCCCGAGGCCGUGACCCGCAUCCCCUACCUGCCGGCGGCCGCCAGCGAGGUGGAGCAGUACAAGCUGGUGGAGAGCGGCGAGACGCCCAAGGCCGGCAAGGGCAACUACAUGGAGGUGCGCACCGGGGAGCCGGCGGAGCACAGGGACUGCGAGCUGGGCCGGCCGGGCCCCGACAGCCAGAGCUCGGUGGCCGAGAUCUCCACCAUCGCCAAGGAGGUGGACAAGGUCAACCAGAUCAUCAACAACUGCAUCGACGCGCUCAAGUCCGAGUCCACCUCCUUCCAGGGUGGCAAGUCCGGAGCCGUGUCCACGGCCGAGCCACAGCUUGUGCUGCUAUCCGAGCCGCUGGCCGGCAAGCAUGGCUUCCUGUCACCAGUGUACAAGGACACCUUCAGCCACGGCCUGCAGCGGCACCACAGCGUGGAGGCGGCCGCCGGGCCGCCGCGCGCCAGCACCCCGUCCGGCGGCUCCGUGCGCAGCCCGCGGGCCUUCCGCGCCGAGGCCACCGGCGCACACAAGGCAGCGGCCACCGAAGCCAAGUACAUCGAGAAGAGCUCACCCUCGGCUGACGCCAUCCUCACUGUGACGCCCGCGGCCGCAGUGCUGCGGGCCGAGGCCGAGAAGGGCCGCCAGUACGGCGAGCACCGGCACUCGUACCCCGGCUCCCACCCCGCCGAGCCGCCCGCCCCCCCCGCGCCCCCACCCCAUGACAGCCUGGGCAGCCGCAAGGCGUCCAUCCUGGAGCCGCUGACCCGGCCGCGACCCCGAGACCUGGCCUACUCGCAGCUGUCCCCGCAGUACCACAACCUGAGCUACUCCUCCAGCCCCGAGUACACCUGCCGGGCCUCCCAGAGCAUCUGGGAGCGCUUCAGACUGAGCCGCCGGCGCCACAAGGACGACGAGGAGUUCAUGGCGGCCGGCCACGCCCUGCGCAAAAAGGUCCAGUUCGCCAAAGACGAGGAUCUGCACGACAUCCUGGACUACUGGAAGGGCGUGUCGGCCCAGCACAAGUCCUGAGCCCGCCAUGCGCCCACUGCUGCGCCCAGCCCCGCCCCGCCCGAAACUCGUGAUGCCCACUGGACCAAAAAGGACACAAGACUCUGCAGCUAUUUGUAACCCAGAGACUCUCACACGAACCCAACACACACGCACACACACGCACACGCACACCCGUGUGACAGUAGCCGCUGAAGCCCGGGCCCUGCAGAGAAGGUGGAGACCGGGUGCUGAUGGUGCCCACAGAAUUGAACUGCGGCCGGGCGCGUGUUCCUGCCCCGAGCUGGUCUCCUGGAGUAAGCGACCUGUACACACACACACACACACACACACACACACACACAAGGGACUUCGGAAAACUGUGUCUUAGGGAUGGGGGGUGGGUAUGGGGAAUUUUUUUUCAUUGUCUUUCCUCUUGAUUCUUCUCUGCCUUCUUUCUUUUUCUCUCUCUUUCUCUAUUUUCUUCCUUUUUUUAAAAAAAAUAAUAAAAGUAAAGUUAUCUUAACAAGACAUAAAACACGAGACAUGGGGGCAUGGCCGGCACGGCCUCUCGACUCCUCACGUGAUCUCCUCCGUCCGUGGUUUGCUGUGGACUCUGUUCAGUGUGUCUCUUCGUUGCCACCUCCGGAGGCCACCAAGGAAGGCAGAGCAAAUGCAGGCGGCCAGGUGGCCUCCUGGAGCCCUGCGGGAGGGGAGGGCUGUGCCUGUGGACGGUUCACGGGUGGCUGGAAGGGGCACGGGCUGGGUGUGUGUGCUCCAACCCAGUCCCCACUGUACACUGUCGUCGUUCUAUUGUACAGAAAAAUAUUUCUAUAUUUGCAAUGUUUGCUGUAAAAUGAGAAAGAAAACAAAGACUAUGUCUACUAAAAAAAAAUUCUGCAAAGGAAAAAACCCAAA